GCCCCGCCCGCGAAGGUGGCGCGUCGCGCCCGGCACGCCCAGCCAGCCGCUCAGCACGGUGGCGGCGCGGGCACCGCGCGUCGGGGGCGCAGCAUGCGGGGCGUGUGGCCGCCGCACCCGGUGGCCGCCGUGCUGUCGGCCCUGGGGAUGUCGACCUACAAGCGGGCCACACUGGACGAGGAGGACCUGGUGGACUCGCUCUCCGAGGGCGAAGUGUACCCCAAUGGCUUGCAGGUAAACUUCCGCAACUCCCGGAGCAGCCAGAGGUGCUGGGCCACGCGGACCCAGGUGGAGAAGCGGCUGAUAGUUCUGGUGGCACUUCUGGCGGCAGGACUGGUGGCCUGCCUGACAGCACUGGGCAUCCAGUACCGGACAAGAACACCCCCAGUGUGCCUGAGUGAGGCCUGCGUGUCAGUGACCAGCUCCAUCUUGAACUCCAUGGACCCCACAGUAGACCCCUGCCAGGACUUCUUCAGCUACGCCUGCGGGGGCUGGAUCAAGGCCAAUCCUGUGCCUGAUGGCCACUCACGCUGGGGGACCUUCAGCAACCUCUGGGAACACAACCAGGCCAUCAUCAAGCACCUGCUUGAAAAUUCCACAGCCAGCGUGAGUGAGGCAGAGAGAAAGGCCCAAGUAUACUACCGAGCGUGUAUGAACGAAACCAGGAUCGAGGAGCUGAGGGCCAAGCCCCUGAUGGAGCUGAUUGAGAAGCUCGGUGGCUGGAACAUCACAGGUCCCUGGGCCAAGGACAACUUCCAGGACACCCUGCAGGUGGUCACUGCCCACUACCGCACCUCCCCCUUUUUCUCCGUCUACGUCAGUGCUGACUCCAAGAACUCCAACAGCAACGUGAUCCAGGUGGACCAGUCUGGCCUGGGCUUGCCCUCCAGAGACUAUUACCUGAACAAAACUGAAAAUGAGAAGGUGCUGAACGGAUACUUGAACUACAUGGUCCAGCUGGGGAAGCUACUGGGCGGGGGGGAUGAGGAUGCCAUCCGGGCCCAGAUGCAGCAGAUCCUGGACUUUGAGACGGCGCUGGCCAACAUCACCAUCCCCCAGGAGAAGCGCCGGGAUGAGGAACUCAUCUAUCACAAAGUGACAGCUGCCGAACUGCAGACCUUGGCGCCUGCCAUCAACUGGCUGCCCUUUCUGAACACCAUCUUCUACCCCGUGGAGAUCAACGAGUCCGAGCCUAUUGUGGUCUACGACAAGGAGUACCUCGAGCAGGUCUCCACCCUCAUCAACACCACCGACAAAUGCCUGCUGAACAACUACAUGAUCUGGAACCUGGUGCGGAAAACAAGCUCCUUCCUUGACCAGCGCUUUCAAGAUGCUGAUGAGAAGUUCAUGGAAGUCAUGUACGGGACCAAAAAGACCUGCCUCCCCCGCUGGAAAUUCUGCGUGAGUGACACGGAGAACAACUUGGGUUUCGCCCUGGGCCCCAUGUUCGUCAAAGCGACCUUUGCUGAGGACAGCAAGAACAUAGCCAGCGAGAUAAUCCUGGAGAUCAAGAAGGCAUUUGAGGAGAGCCUGAGCACCCUGAAGUGGAUGGAUGAAGACACCCGGAAAUCAGCCAAGGAGAAGGCAGAUGCCAUCUACAACAUGAUAGGCUACCCCAACUUCAUCAUGGACCCCAAGGAGCUGGACAAAGUGUUCAACGACUACACAGCAGUUCCAGACCUCUAUUUUGAGAAUGCCAUGCGGUUUUUCAACUUCUCAUGGAGAGUCACUGCUGAGCAGCUCAGGAAAGCCCCCAACAGAGAUCAGUGGAGCAUGACGCCCCCCAUGGUGAACGCCUACUACUCACCCACCAAGAACGAGAUCGUGUUUCCCGCCGGGAUCCUGCAGGCGCCCUUCUACACUCGCUCCUCCCCCAAGGCCUUGAACUUUGGUGGCAUCGGUGUCGUCGUGGGCCACGAGCUGACGCAUGCUUUUGAUGACCAAGGACGGGAGUAUGACAAGGACGGCAACCUCCGGCCCUGGUGGAAGAACUCCUCAGUGGAGGCCUUCAAGCAGCAGACGGAGUGCAUGGUGGAGCAGUACAGCAACUACAGCGUGAACGGGGAGCCCGUGAACGGCCGCCACACGCUCGGGGAGAACAUCGCCGACAACGGGGGCCUCAAAGCAGCCUAUCGGGCGUACCAGAACUGGGUGAAGAAGAACGGAGCCGAGGAGACGCUGCCCACGCUGGGCCUCACCAAUAACCAGCUCUUCUUCCUAGGCUUCGCACAGGUCUGGUGCUCGGUCCGCACGCCAGAGAGCUCCCACGAAGGCCUCAUCACCGACCCCCACAGCCCCUCCCGCUUCCGGGUCAUCGGCUCCCUCUCCAACUCCAAGGAGUUCUCAGAACACUUCCAAUGCCCGCCUGGCUCACCCAUGAACCCGCGUCACAAGUGUGAGGUCUGGUAAGGGACAGAGCACAGGGAGCCACGGCGGAGGAGGGCAAGAGGCCAAGGACAAGUCCUGGGGCAGGGCUGCCAGUCUGCCCCCUGCCGCUGGCCUCCAGGACACUGCCCAGCCCCCUUCCCUACAUGGAGGGAUUGUAGCUGUCACCUUGCUGCCCGUGAUGGAUGUUCUCAGCAUUACCUAAGAUUGAUCCCCGCGAAGACCUGUCAUCCUGGGCACUUGUGCGCCAGUUUAGCGACUUUUGGGUGUCGGGCUGAUGUUUGCCAGGCCUGGGUCCCACACUGACAGGGGUGAUGGGCCGUAGCCCCUCACCCACAUCCAGUGCCAGAUAUACCACAAGCACCACUGUGUCAAAUGCUUUAAAGAUAUAUUUUUGGGGAAAUUAUUUUUUAAACAUUGUGGAAUACACUGGAAAUCUUCAGGGAAAAAAAUGCAUUUAAAACACUUUUUUUUUUUUUUUUGAGGAAAGGAUUGGUAUAUUUAUUAUGUUCUGUUUUUCUAAAUAACCUGUGGACAAAGAAGCCCCCACUGGGGUACCUGUCACUUGGAAGCUGGGCUGAGGCAGGGACCCCUCAAGCUGCUGAGCAGGUCCCCAGAUAAAGCUGCCUCAGCCUUUGGGGUAUGCGAGCCCAGCUUCUGCCAUCACCCGCACAGACAGGAGUGGGGGGCGGGCAGGGGGCUAACUGGGAUCCCUGCUCAUGGGUACAGCCCCCAUCCCCAGAGUCCAACCAUAGGAACCCCAGCGAGGAAGGUCUGAUGCUCAAUGUUGCAGCUAGGGACUGGUGGCCGCAGCAGAAUGGGGCCAUGUCAGGGCCCUUGAACACAGCAGAGAGUGCCUGAGGACCCUGGUCACCCCCUGGGCUGACCCUCCCCAUCAGAUGCACGGCUGUCCAUAGAUGUCCUCUUCCCGUCCUCCUCUUUUGGUCACCCCAUGUCUGUCCCAGGGACCUGCUGCCUCUGUAGCAAUCCUCCCAUCCCAGCCUACUGUCCCAGCCACCUCAGACUGCCUGGCUGCUGCCUUUCAGGGGGAAAAGAAAACGGGCCUCAGCUUUAGUUUCCUGAAAGCUCCCACUUCUGCCACGCACCGGCCUGGCCUGGCUCCAGGGCCCGCUCACCAGUGCCUUAUCAUUGAGGCUGCCAUAGAGCACCACCAAGGAGACAGCCCUGCCCCAGAGGCCCUUAGCCUCCUCCGCAGAACCCCCGAGUGUCCUGGCAGAACCCUGGUGCCCACAGAGUCACCCUCACUGCCCCCAGGGCAGUGGCCUUGGGUGUCAGGAGUCAGCCACCCUGAACUUGCUGCAGCCCCUGAAGUCCCCUGGGAUGGACCCCAACAGUACGGGUAGCUGGAUGUGCAGGUGCCACUGGCCAGAAGUUGUAGAAGAUCCCCCAAGCCCAGGCAGCCAGCAUGUUGGGGGUCAAAGAUGUCAUCUCCUCCUUCCCUGGGGCCACAGCUUCUCCCGCAGGAGAUGCCUGGGCUGCACCAGGUGGAGCUCAGUGUGGCCCUACUGCAUGCUGAGAGGAGGCCAGCCUCAAGGCACGCAGGGCAGCUCGUCAGUGUCCCUGGCCAGGCCCUCUCAAGGCCCAGGAAGCCAGGCUCCUUGCCACGAGGUACAGGCAACCCAGCAACUAACCUCAGCUCAGCCUCCGAGCAGGAACAGGGGAUUGAAAACAGCCUAAUCCGAGGCCAGCAAGUUCAAGGCCUGGUAGCUCUCCAGAGGCAAGACAAGACAGGAACCAGAGAAGGAGCUGGAGCCCAGGGCAGGCCACACAGAGGGGCGCCCUUCCCAGCCCCAGCCCUUCCCCCACCCCCACCCCCACCCCCGGCACCUCCUCUCCCCCUACCCUGCCUUCAACCGUGGAGGGGCAGUCUGGAAACGUCAGCUGCCCCCAAAAGCCAGGGUCAUCGUGGUCCCCAUUGUUCAGGGCGUGCUGAGGGCAGGGCAGGGCCCGCAGGUGCAGGACGCAGAGGCAGCUGCACGCGAGCUCCCUCCCCUUAGGCCCAUGGGCUGGCUUGUCUGUGGGUACACCGACGCGGAAGUGGGGUUCAGGGGCUGGGGAUCUAUUUUUUGUAUUACGAUGUUUCGUGCUACUGUAGUUUUGGUGUGGCACUAUUGUAAUGGAAAUAAAGUACUUGUACGGGG